UGUUGUCCACAUCCAACUUAUUGGGAGAACUGACAACCAAAUGUGUGAGAUGUCGAAAAGCUUGGAGUGUGAAGCUAAUGGCGGCGAUCACAAAUGGGUUGCUGAUUCUUCUCUUGAUUACAAAGGGAGGCUGCCUCUCCGAGCUUCCACCGGCGCUUGGAAAGCCUCUCUGUUCAUCAUCGCCAUCGAGUUCGGUGAGAGGCUGAGCUAUUUUGGGAUCGCUUCGAGUUUGAUUAUAUACCUAACCAAGGUGCUUCAUCAAGAGCUGAAGACGGCGGCGAGGAGCGUCAAUUACUGGGCCGGUGUCACCACUUUGAUGCCUCUGCUCGGCGGCUUUCUCGCCGACGCUUACUUCGGCCGCUACGCCACCGUUCUCCUCUCCUCCGUUAUCUACGUUUUGGGGUUGACUCUGUUAACCAUGUCGGCGUUCGUUCCAAGUUUCAAACCCUGUGGAGGCGAUGAUCAGGUGUGCCCAGAGGCACGGAAGAGCCAUGAGAUCAUCUUCUUCCUCGCAAUUUACAUGAUCUCCAUAGGAACUGGUGGGCACAAGCCAUCUCUCGAGAGCUUCGGAGCCGACCAAUUCGAUGAUGAUCAUUCGGAAGAACGGAAGAAAAAAAUGUCUUAUUUCAAUUGGUGGAAUUUCGGGCUCUGUUCUGGCCUGUUGUUUGGCGUUACCAUCAUUGUUUAUAUUCAGGAUCAUUUCGGGUGGGGAACUGCAGAUGUCAUUCUAACGGCGGUGCUGGUGGUUUCUGUCGUCAUUUUUGUCGCCGGCCGCCCGUUUUAUCGGUACCGAAAACCAUCUGGAAGCCCCUUGACGCCGUUGUUGCAGGUUGUUGUGGCGGCUAUUCGGAAGAGAAAGCUUCCACUCCCUUCCAAUCCUUCUUUAUUGCAUGAAUUUCCCAGGACAGCUAAUAACGCCGCCCAUGGAAGGUUCUUGUGCCACACCCAAAACCUCAAAUUUCUAGACAAAGCGGCGGUUUAUGAAGACAAGGGGGGAUCGGCGGAGAAGCAAAGUCCGUGGCGGCUAGCGACGGUGACGAAGGUGGAAGAAAUGAAGCUAAUAUUGAACAUGAUACCCAUUUGGUUGGCGACUCUGCCGUUCGGAGUGACCAUAGCUCAAACCUCGACGUUCUUCAUAAAACAAGCCGCCAACUUGAACCGGAAGAUGGGCGACGGCUUGAUCCUCCCGCCGACCACCAUCUUCUGCCUGACUGCCAUAGGAAUGAUCGUGUCCCUCACCAUUUAUGAUAAGCUGUUGGUGCCCAUGCUCCGACGAGCCACCGGCAACGAGAGAGGUAUUAACAUCCUCCAAAGAAUAGGCAUCGGAAUGCUUUUUGUGAUUGCUACAAUGAUCAUUGCAGCCUUGGUUGAGCAUAAGAGACUCCAGGUGGUGGCCGGAAACCCAAAAACAGGCUCCCUAACAAUGUCCGUAUUCUGGUUAGCUCCACAGUUUCUGAUCAUCGGAUUCGGCGACGGCUUCGCCAUCGUCGGCCUCCAAGAGUACUUCUACGACCAAGUUCCCGAUUCAAUGAGAAGCCUCGGCAUCGCAUUUUACCUCAGCGUAAUAGGGGCCGGAAGUUUUCUCAGCAGCUUGCUCAUCACGGUGGUCGACGACAUAACCAGGCGGACCGGUAAAAGCAGUUGGUUCGGCAAGGACCUCAACAGCAGCCGCCUCGACAAGUUCUACUGGCUCUUGGCCGCCGUCUCAGCCGCAAAUCUCUGCGUCUAUGUACUCAUCGCUCGCCGCUACUCUUACAAGAACGUGCAGCGGCGCGUGUGCGUCGCCGAUUCUAACGAAGAUGAAGCGCGUGAAAAUGGAGAGUCCAUGGCUUAAGACUAAUUGGGACGCGUUUUGGCGUGACUAAUGGAGAUUUUAGUGUAUAUUUUUAAGGGGUAAAAUAGUAAUUAUGUAUUUUAACAAAAAUAAAGUUGCUAUCUAAUUAUGUGUAACCAUUUUUAUUAGUAACGAUAACUAAGGAUCAUCCUCC